CAUCAUGAAAUCACACUCACAAUCACAACUUUGUAUCACCACCACCAACUCAAAAACACACAUUCUACCCCUCUCUCUAUCACACACACACACAAAUUAUACUGUUUUACAUCAAACCAAACGGAGCCCUCUGUUCAUCAUGCAACACGACGACAGGAAAAGCGGCAGCACUAGCGGCAAGGUGAAGAAGGGGUUUCUAGCCGUACAAGUUGGCUUAGAACAUGAUCAAGAAUUUCAUCUUCAUAAUAACAAUAAUAGUAAUAUUGAGUACUACAAUAGUACAAAAGAUGAGUUGCAAAAAUUUGUUAUUCCAAUAUGGUACUUGUACCACCCUCUAUUCAUUGGUCUUCUUGACCGCGCUAGAGAAGUUUACGGCUACCACGUCGACGGUCCUUUGCGGCUGCCUAUUCCCGUCGACGAUUUUAUUCAUCUCCGGUGGAUGAUCGAGAAGGAGAACCACCCUAGUAGUGGUGGUUCUUCACGGCGGGACGAUGACCACCACCAACACCACCACCAGUAUUCUUAUCAUGCGCCCUCAUUUCGCUCUUGUUAGCACUUAGCACGGAUUUUUUUAAUUUUUUUUUAAUUUAGAGUGUUAAUUAAAUUUGGGGUUAUUAAUGGUGGGAUAGGGUUGUUUUAAAUUAUUGGGUGGUUCAGGAAUACCACGUCAUCUACGAGAGAUUAGAGAAUGAUCAAACGAUCGAUAGGGAGGGGCGUCCUUUAUUAUUAUUAUAUUUUUAAAAGUGAUGCCUCUAUAAUACAUUAGUAUGUAAUCAGUAACAUAUUACCUUAUGAAAAGAUUAAUGAUUUAUUUUCUCCAAAA